GUCGCUGCGCUGAUUUCCAAGUGAUGGCUUUGUUGUGCUGGGGGAUGAUAAAGUUCCAGUGUUUGGUGGCAGUUGGUGUAUUACAGAAUCUCAAUCUUCCAGAAGCCCUCCGUCUUUGUGAAGGGGGCAGAGGUCCUAGGUGAACAUGUCAGCUAACAGAGAAUCUCCCCAGGGGUUUCCCACCCUGAUUCCAGGAGAACCUGAUAAAUUAUUUGAGAGAUCUGUAUCAUUCGAGGAUGUGGCUGUGGAUUUCACCCGGCAGGAGUGGCACAGGCUGGACCUUGCUCAGAGGACCAUGCACAAGGAUGUGAUGCUGGAGAUCUAUAGUCAUCUGGCGUCCGUGGGCCUCUGUGUGGCUAAGCCAGACAUGAUCUUCAAGCUGGAGAGAGGAGAAGAGCUCUGGAUAUUGGAAGAGGAAUCCUCAGGCCAUGGUUACUCGGGAUCUCUGUCACUGCUGUGUGGCAGCAGUUCAAUUGGAGAUAGUACCAUCAUGCUGGAUAACAACCGUCUUCAGUGUCAGGAUCUUCAAGCCUCUAACCAAGAUGGUGAUUAUAACAGAUGCAGCAAAGACUUCCAUGAAGAAACAGGCUUCGUUCAACAGAAAAGGCCUCACACAGGAGAGAAAAUCUUUGAAUGCCAUGAAUGUGGGAAAGCAUACUGUAGGAAAUCUAACCUUGUUGAACAUCUGAGAAUACACACAGGAGAGAGGCCCUAUGAGUGUCGUGAAUGUGCAAAGACUUUCAGCGCAAGGUCAUAUUUCAUUGCUCAUCAGAAAACUCAUUCAGGGGAGAAGCCGUUUGAAUGUCAUGAAUGUGGGAAAUCUUUUGGCAGGAAGUCACAGCUCACUCUACACCACAGAACACACACAGGAGAGAGACCCUAUGAAUGUACUGAAUGUGGGAAAACCUUUUCUGAGAAGGCAACCCUCACGAUUCAUCAGAGAACCCACACAGGGGAGAAACCUUAUGAAUGCAGUGAAUGUGGGAAGACAUUUCGUGUCAAGAUAUCCCUUACCCAACACUUGAGGACUCACACGGGGGAGAAACCUUACGAAUGUGGGGAUUGUGGGAAAUACUUCCGUGCAAAGAAAUCCCUAAACCAACAUCAAAGAAUUCACACAGGUGAGAAACCCUAUGAGUGUGAAGAAUGUGGGAAAUUCUUCCGAAUGAAAAUGACUCUCAAUAAUCAUCAGCGAACCCACACAGGCGAGAAACCCUAUCAGUGUAAUGAGUGUGGGAAAGCCUUCAGGGUGCACUCAUCUCUGGGGAUCCAUCAGAGAAUCCAUACUGGAGAGAAACCAUAUGAAUGUAAUGAAUGUGGAAAUGCCUUCUAUGUGAAAGCGCGCCUCACUGAGCAUCAGCGCAUGCAUUCAGGAGAGAAGCCCUAUGAAUGUAAUGAGUGUGGAAAGAUCUUUAGCAUGAAGAAAUCCCUGCGUCAACAUGGGAGAACUCACACUGGGGAGAAGCCUUAUGAAUGUCGUGAAUGUGGAAACGCUUUCUAUGUGAAAGUGCGCCUCACUGAGCAUCAGCGAAUUCACACAGGGGAGAGGCCCUUUGAAUGUCAGGAGUGUGGAAAGGCUUUCUGCCGGAAAGCCCAUCUCACAGAACACCAGAGAACUCACAUUAGCCGGUCCUUGCUUUGUGCAUUGGAGAAAGCCUCACUUUGAAGAUCGCACAUUUUCUCAUCCAUUCACAUUUGAUCCAAUUCCUAGAGGCAUCUAUCUGAUCACCAUGGCGCUUAGACUGGUAUAAUAAUAGUUCUUGAUCCCUUUAAGGAAUAGCUCAGUAUUGAUU